AUUCACCACAUCUCCUUCUCCUCCAUUUUCCCGCACUUUUAUUCGCAAAUUCCUGCUAUGGCCCUGUUUGAUUACCUGGAAAAAGCAGCAAACACAAGAUCGAAGGGGAAAAUCCACUCCGAGUUUCUUCAGUUACCGUGCUUCUUCAAUUAUCGAGGAUUCAAAAGUGAAGUCUCGAUGAAUAAAGUACCUCGUUGGAGAUGGCGUUUCGUAAUGUUCGUUGCCUCGAGAAAUUCAUCUUCGUCUUCUUCAUCUCUAUUACGAGCCGGCAUUUAAGCAAUGCAAGUGUCGAAGAGGAAAAAACGUUAGCUAUGAUCAAACCAGAUGGAUUGUUCAGCAACCACACUGAUGCUAUAAAAAAGGUCAUUUUGGACUCUGGUUUCCACAUCUUCGAGGAAAUGAUCACUCAACUCAAUAAGGACGGUGCAUCAAGCUUUUAUGCUGAGCACUCUUCAAAGAGCUUCUUUUCCAGUCUUAUCAAAUAUAUGACUAGUGGUCCAGUGUUGGUUAUGGUAUUAGAAAAGGAAAAUGCAAUUGCAGAUUGGCGUAAUUUGAUUGGACCGACAGAUGCAAGAAAGGCCAAAAGUACUCAUCCUCACAGUAUCAGAGCAAUGUGUGGGCAGGAUUUAGAAAAGAAUUGUGUUCAUGGUUCAGAUUCUCUUCAAUCGGCUCCAAGAGAGAUUUCAUUUUUCUUUGGAGGGACAUUGUCAGGGACGGAGGCUACGAUGCACGAUGAACUUUAAUUGGUAAGAACUCAUGACAGAACCACAUGUCCUCCUCUAGCCUUUAAAUCCUCCCUAACCUGCGUAAAAACCCAGACAGACAAUUACACUACCCCAUAGUUUAUGGUGUUUUGGCAGUCUGCUUUGUUGGUCUAUUUUCAUACAAGGGAGAUUCCUGAACUUGUAUCAUUCCAAAGUCCAUAGACGCUUUCACCGCUAGAAAGAACUCAAUACCGUCAGAAGCCCAUUGUCAUCAUUAAAGUCUUUAUCCCAAACGGUUUGGGGUUGCUACAUUAAUUUAUAUGAUAAAUCAAUUGGAAUCCAUAAGGGCUUUAGAAGUCCAUGUGAUAUUAGUCUUAACUUAAAUCAAAUGCAAUAGUUGCGUGUAACUCUAUAGAAAUGGAUUUCUUUCCUGGUUCCUUGCAGGCUUUGUUGUUAGCAUGUGUUUAGAAACUAAUGAUGCUUUAGCCUUUACAAGCUUUAUUCAGUGGAUUGCUUGCGAAACCUUAUUGUAGCAGCGGUUAACAUUUGAUGGUUGGUGGUUCUCUAUGAAAUGUAAAUUUUUGUGGUUA